AUGGAGCCCGUCGUUGAGCCUCGCGAUCGGUACAACCUCCGUAAAGCACCCACCCUCAUGGAAAGGGACAUCAAAGGCCUCGCAGAGACGGGCACCCAUACCUUGGACCAAAACAUCCUGAAACAGUGCAGAAUUCGAGCCCAACGUCUGAGCCUUGACGCCGAUGACUCGCUCGCACCAAAGUUUUUCACCUCUUUUACCCCCCAAGACAUGCCAGAGCCGACACAAGAAUAUGUCGACAGAGAAUACGUCACUAGCACACUAACUCUGUCCACAGAUUACGCGCGACAAAUCGACAUUUAUCUUGAGUCAUACGUUCGCAGGUUGAUGCUCAAGUUCCCAGAGAUCCGACAAACGUGGUCAAGCCAUCAGAUCGGCGAUUACAAUUUUGGGAAUCUAUACAGCUCGUAUGAGCCUGAAUUUGGCACACUGUUGAUAUUUCAUCUUGCUAAGUUCACCAAGCCGCAUAUUAAAUGCGUCAUGCACCACGACACUGAUGUCGAUGAUGGUCAUCUACUUCGCGGGGAAAUAUUGACCGUCAUCCGGAUCAUGUUGGGCCAACUGAAGCAGAGGGGGGUUGUCAAUGAUAUGGUUGCGCCGGUUCUACUCUUUUCACUCAAUCGACAGCACCCACGUGUCAUUGAGGCAUACUUUGAUGGCCAGGAGCUGUUAAUGCGCCACACUACCCCCUAUGAUUUUACGUUCUUGAAUGCAGCUGGGUUCAAAACCUUUGCACAGUGGCUCCUGGGCAAUCCCAUUGGUGAUACGUCCAGAAGCGCGCAAUAUGAUCGUACAGCAGCGCUGGAAGAGCGCAUUAGAGAGCUGGAGGAUGCGGUAAGCUCCUCGUUCCAAUCAUUCCGAGGGGCUCUGCAGCAGUUAUCUAGUCAUGUUGGCUUGCAAGAUGUGACUGGAACGUUAGUUGGAUUCACUGCACGUUCGGGCGAGGAUCAGGCCAUCCGUCCCGAUAUGCGAGCCGAAUCAACUCCCGGACUAUUCGAACCAGAGUAUGAAAAAAAGGAUCUCAUCGACAAAGGAGUUUUGACGUUGGAGGAUUGUCGAAUGCUCUUCGACUUCUACGGGGCCAACUGCAGUGAAAUUAUUGCCUUUUUCGAUAACACAAUGGCUUCAUUCGAGGACACCCGGAGAUAUCCGCUCCUCUUGGCGGCCAUGUGUACGAUCGGUGCCCGUGCAUCUGCGCCUCGGCUGUAUCGUCAAUGCCUAAAUGAAACCUACUCGUUAAUCCAGCAAACAUUGCUUGGACCUGUCCCUUCUCUCGAGACACUAAAGGGUAUAUUGUUAAUGGCAGUGUGGCACAAGAAUUACCGGUUGUUGGGACUAGUGCUAUCAAUUGGCUACCAGAUGCAACUUCCCGAGACGGCUUUGAGUCUUGCAGACAAGACUAGUGAUCAUGAUGAAGACUCUAUUGACAGAGCAAGGACAUGGCUGUCCUUCUGCUGUGUUGACCUUGUGCACAAUACCAGCAAAACGUACUUUGUCAGUGAGAGCGAUCGCUACACGAGAUUAGGAAGCCAUUUGAUGUCGAUGCCGUAUCGGCGUAACGUGGACUAUCGUAUAGGGGCAUAUUUGGAGAUCUACGGCAUCCUCAAUCAGGCAAAAAAAGACCUGAUAAUCUCAGACAAUAUCCAGCAGCAGCCAAUUGCAUCGGAUGUCUGCAGGCAGCUCCAACUCUAUGACAAACAGCUGGAGGCAUGGUUUCGACGAAAUGAUGAAGAGAUGGAUCCCAUUUACCAGACAUUUUCCAAGCCCCAGGACCGCAAUCGAAUGGAGAUUCCCUACAACUUUGCGCGGAUGCACCUGAAUGGGCUCGUCCUCCACGGUCUUAAACCAGAUAGUGCUCGAAACGACACGCUUCGAGUUCAAUUCAUACGGGCGGCUGUUGAUGCUGGGAAAGCGUUGCUCAAAUGCGCUCUUCGUUCAAUUGACUACCAGGCCAACCUGAACUAUUCGAUCGACUACUCCGGCUCCGCUCUAGGCCUGGCAAUCAACUUCCUAUCUCGUGCUACCUGUGUUGCAUAUGACUGCAUCGAUCUCGAAGGGGUGAUGCGUAUACUCGCACAAGCAAGGGAUAUGUUUGAAGGUGCCAAGCUGGCUGGAAAGGCAGACGAAGUCAGCCACAUCCUCGAUCAAGUCGCUGAGAUAAAGCGCACUAUGACGGCCGCCAAACCGAGAAAAGAUACAACUGAGGCGGAUAUUAACGACCAUGUUGAUGAUGGGUCUGAUUUCUUUCUCAAUGCUAGACUGCCUUUAUCGGAGUUUUCUCUUGACGACCCUUCGAUUGAAGAUAUUCUUAUGUAUUCUGGGGAGUAA